AUGGUCGUCGUCGACGUCGAGUCGUCCUAUUUCUUGCGUAGCUCGGCCCAGUUGCCUGGCUCGCUACUAGCCACUGCUCCUCUUCCCUCCUCCAUUCCCUUUUCUCCGCAUCCAAUCUCAGAUCGAGUCCUGCUGUCCUGCAAAAUCAACAACCACCACCUACCACCGCUAAUGGCCGCCUCCGCCUGCAACCGCCGCUUCAAGAUUUUCGCGGCCGCUGACGGCUUCGGCGAGCCGCUCAAGGACGCUAUCGUUGCGCACCUCCGCGCCCACUCCUCUGUGGCCGAUGUCGUCGACCUCGGCGUCGACAAGUACUACUCCGCUGCCGCACUCGUCGCCCGCAACGUCACCUCCUCAUCGUCCGACCCCGCACUCGAAGCCCGCGGCGUCCUAGUCUGCGGCACUGGCGCCGGCGUCACCAUAUUCGCCAACAAGUACCCCGGCGUGUACGCCACUCACUGCAGCUCCGUCGCCGACGCCGUCAACACCCGCUCCAUCAACGCCUGCAACGUCCUCGCCCUCUCCGGCACGGCGACCCCGCCCGAGACCGCCGCGGCCAUCGCCGACGCCUGGCUCGCCACCCCAUUCCGUGCUCCCUGCCCCGCAUCCGGGGACGCGCCCUGGCCGGAGGACAUUCAGCAAUUCUUCGAUGUUGCCCCUCAAGAGAUGGCAUCCAUCCCCGAGGGAUCUGGAUCUGCCCCUGCCCCUGACUCCGCCUGUGCCAUCUGCUGCCUGAGGAAAGGGAUGCAGUUUGAACCGGUGGAUAUCAUGCCAGGCGGCGAGAUGCGAAUUGUGCGACAGAGUCCCACUUCGGCCUACGUCCGCUUCAAAGCUGGAAGUGUGGAGCCGGCUCACCACCACACUUUCGGCCACGAUUUGGUGGUGAUCAAAGGCAAGAAGAAGGUGUGGAACUUAACCAAGAAAGAAAACUACCACCUGGUUGAUGGGGAUUUCCUGUUCACGCCUGCUGGGGACGUGCACCGUGUGAAGUACUUGGAAGACACAGAGUUCUUCAUCCGGUGGGAUGGCCACUGGGACAUAUUCCUCGACGAAGACCUGGAAACUGCGCGCAAUGCCAUUGAUGCUGAGCUCGGUGUGGUUGACAGUGACAAGUGAUGAUGUCGUGCUGAUGCGUGUCCAUGUGUUAUCUUGAUGAGGCUCAUGAAGGGAAGGAGGAGUAGCGGCGGAUCCAUGGCGGGGGAGGAGGAGAAGUCUGGCCACUGGCGCUAGGCGAUGAAGGAGUGGCUUCGGGGAUUGGGGGAUCGGCGGUGAGAACUCGCGUUGCUGUCGGGGCAACCUCACGCCUCCGCCUCUAGGAGCAAGUUUGGGCGCGACGGAUCGUGUACCUCCCACAGCCGCCGGCGCUAGGCGAGGGAGGAGCAGCGGUGGAUCCGCGGCGGGGGAGGAGGAGGGGCUGGCUGCUGGCGCUAGGCGAGGAAGGAGUGGCGUCGGGGAUUGGGGACUCGGCGGCGGGGAACCUGGUGACGAUGAGCCCCUGAAGAAAUCAUUAUAGCAGUUAGGAGCGAGCUAAAUCUGGAUUUAAAGAAUAUCAGAACAGAUAAACCCAAGUUUUGGAAGGAGCAUCUAUCACCUGUAAAUGUUAGUCUUUGUUCCUGCAUAUUAUGGUACUAUAUAUACUCCAUUUUUUCUAGAUGAAACUCUUCAUUCAAGCUCAUCUUACUUGAAA